UAGCACAACUGUGAAUUGAAUCUGGAUCCUUGUCAACCUUACCAUUCUUACCAUUACACCAAGAGGCUCGUGAUAGGCCUCUAGCACAGGAGGUUGGUGGCAACUUAAUUGGGGAGGACGAGCUUGUGGGAAUGGCUGGAGUGGAAUCAGUGGAAUGGUAUCAUAUACAUUAAACACAUGGUUUGAUGCCAUUCCAUUUGCUCCAUUCCAACCGUUAUUAUGAGCCGUCCUCCCCUCAGCAACCACCAUAGACGAUGUUGUAGCUUGUAGAUUAGCUAUUAAACAGUCUAUACAUUAAGGUUUACCUCCCUGUGAAUGGAAGCCUACUGACAGACAGUACUGUACCUUGUUUACCAAAGAUUAUCUGGGGAAAGCUUUCGGACACUGCAACGCAGCAAAGAGGGGUGGCGUUUGUUGAACUGGAGCACGUCAAUAGGCUCAAGGAAUGCAUUACCAGCGCUGACUGGCUGCAGUUUUGUUUGUGGGUGUGGCUUUUUUUUACAGGUAUGACUAGAAUAUUUGAGGAGGCGCUGCGGAAAUAGUGGGCGAAGAUGGCGUCGGGAAAGAAGGGAGGAAACAGCAGCCUUGAAAAAGGUUUGAAUGGAAGACGUUCGUCAAAACAUAAAGAGGGGCCAAUAGUGAUGGACACUAAGGCGGUGUUUACUGCUCUGUACAGUGUGUGUGAGGAGAAUGCUACGUUCUUCUCUGAGGGUGCUAAGGGGUCCCAGGGGGGCACGGCACAGCGACUGGUGGACACCAUGACCCUGAUCCAGGAGCACGCCCGCAGCCUGGAACCUGUCAUCUCCGGCUUUGCUGCGGUCUACCACCACUUUGACUUUGACCCACACAUACCAGCCAAUGGAUACCGCUCUCUAGUCAAGGUGGUGCGCUGCUGCAUUCUCCACAUCAUCCACAAGGGGCGCUACAUCUCCACCAACCGACGCAGCAUCUUCUUUCGGACGGCCCACAACGCAGGGGAGAUGGAGGCCUACUGCUCAGCCCUAUGUCAGCUGAGAGCCCUGCUCUACCUGGCCCAGCGACUGCUGCACGACAACAGCCACGGGAACCUCUUCUUCCACGAGGAGAGUGGCCUCAGCCAGAGCUUCAUCCGGGAGUACUCCUCCAUGCACAAGGGCUGCUUCUACGGACGCUGCCUCGGAUUCCAGUUCACUCCAGCCAUCCGACCCUGUCUGCAGACCAUAGCCAUCGGCCUGGUGGCUUUCGGAGAGAACUACAGGCGCCACCAGUCAGGCAUUGGUGUAGCAGCCAGCUCCUUCUUUACCUCAGGGAAGUACGCCAUCGACCCGGAGUUAAGGGGGGCGGAGUUUGAACGCAUCACUCAGAACCUGGACGUCCAUUUUUGGAAGGCCUUCUGGAACAUCACAGAGACUGAGGUUCUAUCUAGUCUAGCCAGUAUGACAUCCACCCAGGUGAAGGUGAACCGUGCCCUCUCAGUGCCCCCUGUGCCCUUUGACCUCCCGCUGGUGGCUGAUCCCCACCUCACUGUCACCAUAGAGGCCCCGUCGGCCCACACCGGCCCUGGCCCCGUACAGAUGAGGCUGAUCUCCUUCGAGCUGAGGGAGGGACAGGACAGUGAGGCGUUGCUGUCCCUGUCCCGUUCUGAGGGGGGUCCUAUCUCCCUGUCUCUGGGAAUGAAGACCAAGCAGAGCCCCCCUUCUCGCUGGCUCCUGGUGCACUACCACGGAGGAGGCUUUGUGGCUCAGACCUCCAAGUCUCACGAGCCGUACCUGAAGAGCUGGUCUCAGGACCUGGGUGUGCCCAUCCUGUCUGUGGACUACUCUCUGGCCCCUGAAGCCCCCUUCCCCAGGGCCCUGGAGGACUGCUUUUACGCCUACUGCUGGGCCAUCAAGAACCACCAGUUGCUGGGUUGGACGGGGGAGAAUGUCUGUCUGGCGGGUGACAGUGCUGGUGGUAACCUGUGUAUUACAACAUCGAUGCGCGCUGCAUCUCACGGCGUGCGGAUGCCGGAUGGCAUCGUAGCUGCCUACCCUGCCAUCCUGCUCACCGCCUAUGCCUCGCCCUCCCGCCUGCUCACCCUCUUUGACCCCCUACUGCCCCUCAGUGUGCUCUCCAGGUGUCUCAGCGCCUACGCAGGUGAGGAGCCCCAGGCAGAGAAGCAGGUGGAGAAGGUGAGCACUCUGAGCAUGGUGAGAAGAGACACGGCCCUGCUGCUCAGAGACUUCAAACAGGGAGCUUCCAACUGGAUCCACUCCCUACUGGACCCCAACAGAGCCGCUGCCACGGCAUCAACAGACACGUCUUCGUCAGUGAGGAAGAGUGUGUCUGAGGCAUCCAUCAGCUCACCCCACUCGGACCCCCCCGUGCCCCCUGAGCAUCCCUUUGACUUCUCCCUGAGGAGAGAGUCUCUGAAGAGCCACACCUGCCAGGACCUGGCAGGCCACGCCAAAAACGCCAACUCCACUCCCGCUGCUGCCCCCACCACUCCUGCCCACAAUGCAAUGGUGUUCCCCGAACCCACGCCUGACAACGUGAGCUUCUUCCUCUCCAAAGAGGAGGCGGUGUCCAUGUCGGAUGCUCUGUCCUCUGUAGCCAUAGCGCCCCCUGAGGGGGAGGAGGGCGUGGUGCUGGAGCACCCUCGGGAGUUCCCCCUGGGCUUCGAACCGCUGCGCUCUGAGCGGCUGGCUGAGAUGAAGCUGGCCACCUCGCCUGUCGUCAGGAACCCCUAUAUGUCUCCUCUACUGGCCCCCGACAGCAUGCUGAGAGGACUGCCCCCCAUACACCUAGUGGCCUGUGCAUUAGACCCCAUGCUGGAUGACUCUGUGAUGUUUGCCAAGCGCCUGAGGAACGUAGAUCAGCCAGUCACCCUGUGUGUGGUGGACGACCUCCCCCACGGCUUUCUCAGCCUAUCACAGCUCUCCAGGGAGACUAGGGAAGCGGCUAACGUCUGCGUCGACCGAAUCAGGGACGUCUUUGACCAGAAGGACUCGCCCCAGGAGCCACGGAUGCACCGCAAGCUGGAAAGGACCAAUCAAUGUACUUCCUCUGUCGCCACGGGUGACCCAGAGAAGCUUUUUGCAGCACCCAUUCAAGAGGAGGAGCUGCUGGUGGCCAGGGGAGGGGCUCUAGUUCAAGAUGGGGAGGGGCUAGUUGGUGUGGCAGCACAGAACAACAUAGACAUUGUGGGAUAAAGGCAUAAUCAGGGGUUUGCUAGAUGAGUACUGUUUGUUAAAGGAUUUAAAAGAGAUGGAGAAAAGGGGGGGGAUUUGGGCCAUAUGAAGCCUGGGAGAGGAGAGAAGAGAAUAGAGUGAAGGAAAAACAGCAGCAGGAGGAGGAUAUGGAGAAGGAGUUGGUAGCGUGCCCAGUUUUGGAGAGACAGAAUAAAGCACCCAUGGAUAGAGAGGACAGCAAGUACUAAUUGCAACCUAUUCAGCUUUCAAACUCUCAAUUGCUGUUUAGCACCAUGCACAGUGACAUGUUGACCACACACACACUAAACCAUUUUGCCUUUUGGGCUGCUGCAUUGUGCUCUGUGUAGAACUGUGAGUUUGGAGCCUGGACAUUAUAAAACAGCACAGAGCGUUGUGGUGAAUGGUUGAUCCAUCUCCCUAUAGAAGACUAUUCCAGUCCCUAAUCAGAUGAGCUCCUACAUAGUGCCAUCACAACUUAAUGGCCACUUGUUUUUUAGGGAGCCGCUCUAAAUCAAGCUUAAUAACUGUAGAACUCUGAGGUCUGUUAAACUAGUUGGUUGUGAAUACUGCUGCUGUUCGGUCACUUACUCUGCUGAUUGGCCCAUCAAUAGGGUGCUGCAGCAUUGGAAACAACAAACUUAGAAACUGGAAGGAUUUGGUAGUACCUUGAAAUUGUUAACCAUAAUAGAUCUUAUUAUGCCAUAGUAUUCCUUGUUAUUUGUAUUUAUUGUGUGUUGGUAUAUAUAUAUAUAUAUAUAUUUUUUAAUCCUGGAUCAUAGUUAUACCUGUUUGUUCAAGGCUUUUAAGAGCAUAUUGUGAGGUGGAUGCUAAGUUAUGUUCCUAGCUGUGUAGUGCCAUUCUCUAUGGCUGCUCAUUCCUAGUUGUUCAAAGUAGCCAAAUGUUAACCUCUAUCACUGUAGUGACUAGUGGUCAGCUAGUCGUUACCCACCCAACCAGUCACCUCAGUGAGAUGUGGCUGAGGGUUGAUAUUAUUAUAUUCUGGUCUUUAUAUUAUACUGAUAUAUUAUAACUAUCCAAUCAUAAAUAGCUAUUGCAAUAUUAUAGCUGCAUUUUCACCAGUGCAAUCAACAGGAUUCAGUGGAGCCAUAAUUAUAUUGUGCUUGGAUUUAAGUACACUGUUGGGGGGUAAAGCAUCAAGUCACACAGUAAUUGUUGUUUUGAUCAUUUUUAUUGACACACAGUAAUUAAGUCUUAUGAUUUUAAGUUUCUUGUGCUCAGCCUUUGUUUGUUGCCAUCUAAAAGCAAUCACUUAGCUGUCUAUAAACUGACUGCCUUUAGAAGCACAUGUUUUUUUAAAAGACUGGAAAUCCUUUCUCUAUUUGCACAGUGAAUAACUUCAAUAAGAAAGCCUGAAGCAGACGGAUGCACGGCCCAUCUCUUCAUACUAUCUGUACAUCACUGCACUGACUGCCAAAAACUCAGCCCUCUAUCCCAGGAUGCAGUGCAUUACACUGCCACAACCCUUGAGCCAGGGGACAUCCUGCUUGCUGACCCAUUUCUGCACCUCUGUCCAAAUCACAGAGGAUCCAUUCUGCUCCAACAGCCUGUACUGAGUGAGCAGGAGAAUCAGAACAAGCAUGAUAGUGAGUUCAUACUCACUGAACAGGUGACUUCUCUAGUUAGAGAAUAUCUUUCUGUGUACCUUUAGGACAUUCUGCAGUGGCUGACUGACAAUCUGUUCUACACUAUCUUUACCCUGUGCAAAUACUCAGGGGCUGAUGCUACAACUACGUUUUGACUGAAUCUGAUAUGAUACUUGAUAUGGCCUCUGUCUAGCUUGUUGAGAAUGAAUGAUUCACAUUGGAGUGAAAGCCUUUAUUUAAAUAUAAAUGACAACAACCUCACUUCUGGUGCUGUCCUUGUCUGGUGGUCACAGGCCUGGGUUGCCAGAUCUGUUGAGAAUUAUGCUGGUUGAUAAGGAUGGCUUUUGGCUGGAUUUAACCCCCUCCCUCACCCCCCAGAAGAGCAGGGUUUAUCCAGCACACGGUCAUGAUCUAGUAUUAUGAUUCACUGUCCUGUUUGCUGCCAUUGCUUAUUGCAGCGUUUUGAGGCAUGCUGAUAGAAAUGAAGAGAGCUGUUAAGUGAUUCCUUGAAGGUCUUCAAGGAAAUCUUGUUUUUAGAAGUCUUGUGUUUAAUGGUUGAUGGUUUUAGACUAUCAUCUCACACUUUUUUAGUAAGUUCAGUGUAACUGUGUCUGUGUUUAGUGCCGUGUGAGGUGUCUGGUAAGUGGAUUCUGUAUGCGUCUAUCAAUGACUCUUAACAUUGCAUGUGUUUGUCAGUGCGUGUGUGUGGAACAUCUACCGUCUUUGAAACCAUGAUUGUGUGUUUUUAAUUGCAGCAGUAAAGCAGCACGUGGGUGUAUGGGACCAUGAGUUGCAACCCAAGCCCCUGAAUCUCAUGGGUGUUGUACAGUACACUAUUGUUUAGCCAAGCAGGACUUCUGAGAUCCCAUUUAACACUAUGCAUUCUGUCAGCCAUCCAUUGCUAUGAUGCAUUACAAGGUCCUUGAUGAAUACAGUUCUCAUUGUGCUCUAGCAACAUAACUGAUCAUGCAUAUUGAGAUUUAGCCUGGUGUCUCCAUUGCCAGAGUAGAUAUCAUAACCCCACACACACACCCAACGAGCACCACUCCAGGCCCUAUGGGAUGCCCUGAAUGGCUCCUAUAGACUACUAGCGCACCCAAUGAGCAAGGCUAGUACAGCCCUGGUCAGAAACAUUGUUCUUGUUUUCUUGGUGGGUCACAAUAAAUUAUUUUAUAUGGGUCACAGUGCAACAACUUUGGGAACCACUGCAAUAAGCUGCUCUUUUAAUUUUAUUUAAUUUUAUUUCACCUUUAUUUAACCAGGUAGGCUAGUUGAGAACAAGUUCUCAUUUGCAACUGCGUCCUGGCCAAGAUAAAGCAUAGCAGUGUGAACAGACAACACAGAGUUACACAUGGAGUAAACAAUUAACAAGUCAAUAACACAGUAGAAAAAAUGGGCAGUCUAUAUACAAUGUGUGCAAAAGGCAUGAGGAGGUAGGCGAAUAAUACAAUUUUGCAGAUUAACACUGGAGUGAUAAAUGAUCAGAUGGUCAUGUACAGGUAGAGAUAUUGGUGUGCAAAAGAGCAGAAAAGUAAAUAAAUAAAAACAGUAUAAAAACAGUAUGGGAAUGAGGUAGGUGAAAAUGGGUGGGCUAUUUACCUAUAGACUAUGUACAGCUGCAGCGAUCGGUUAGCUGCUCGGAUAGCUGAUGUUUGAAGUUGGUGGGGGAGAUAAAAGUCUCCAACUUCAGCGAUUUUUGCAAUUCGUUCCAGUCACAGGCAGCAGAGUACUGGAACGAAAGGCGGCCAAAUGAGGUGUUGGCUUUAAGGAUGAUCAGUGAGAUACACCUGCUGGAGCGCGUGCUACGGAUGGGUGUUGCCAUCGUGACCAGUGAACUGAGAUAAGGCGGAGCUUUACCUAGCAUGGACUUGUAGAUGACCUGGAGCCAGUGGGUCUGGCGACGAAUAUGUAGUGAGGGCCAGCCGACUAGAGCAUACAAGUCGCAGUGGUGGGUGGUAUAAGGUGCUUUAGUGACAAAACGGAUGGCACUGUGAUAGACUGCAUCCAGUUUGCUGAGUAGAGUGUUGGAGGCCAUUUUGUAGAUGACAUCGCCGAAGUCGAGGAUCGGUAGGAUAGUCAGUUUUACUAGGGUAAGCUUGGCAGCGUGAGUGAAGGAGGCUUUGUUGCGGAAUAGAAAGCCGACUCUUGAUUUGAUUUUCGAUUGUAGAUGUUUGAUGUGAGUCUGGAAGGAGAGUUUGCAGUCUAGCCAGACACCUAGGUACUUAUAGAUGUCCACAUAUUCAAGGUCGGAACCAUCCAGGGUGGUGAUGCUAGUCGGGCAUGCGGGUGCAGGCAGCGAUCGGUUGAAAAGCAUGCAUUUGGUUUUACUCGCGUUUAAGAGCAGUUGGAGGCCACGGAAGGAGUGCUGUAUGGCAUUGAAGCUCGUUUGGAGGUUAGAUAGCACAGUGUCCAAUGACGGGCCGAAAGUGUAUACAAUGGUGUCGUCUGCGUAGAGGUGGAUCAGGGAAUCGCCCGCAGCAAGAGCAACAUCAUUGAUAUAUACAGAGAAAAGAGUCGGCCCGAGAAUUGAACCCUGUGGCACCCCCAUAGAGACUGCCAGAGGACCGGACAGCAUGCCCUCCGAUUUGACACACUGAACGCUGUCUGCAAAGUAAUUGGUGAACCAGGCAAGGCAGUCAUCCGAAAAACCGAGGCUGUUGAGUCUGCCGAUAAGAGUAUGGUGAUUGACAGAGUUGAUGGCUACCAAUCAUUCACCUGAUCUGAGAGGAGGGCACUGCCCAGGAGAAAUCCAUGACAUGGUGCUAGCCCAUUAGUCUCGUGAGGUUACCACCAUCUUGUUUUCACCUUACUAGUCUAGGUUGUCAGGAAAGGGGAGGAGGCAUUUGAGGGCAUUGGAACAUGGUCUCCCUUCACAUGUGGGCAACCACUGUUUCUAUGCCUCAAUUUUUUGUCAAAUCAAAUAUGAAGUCAAAUCAUGACGUCGGUGAUCUUCAGGUCGGAAAGUUGGAGCUCUAGAAAGAGGCCCAAGAUUCCGAGUUUGAUGAAGGUUCAAAUACAUUUUCAGUCAGAUUGCUUUUUCCUCGAUUUCACAGUUUUGAACGCUCGGAAGUUGGAGAAUUUCUAGUUCCUAGUUGUUUUGGAGUGUGAUCCUCAUUUUGGUCUUUAAAUGCAAAAUGGCUGAAGUGGUGUGGAGUGGCUUUGUGUGUUUUGAUACCUCAACCAUUUCCUUCAUGUAUAGGCUAUUUACACCGGAUUCAACAUCUCUUAGCCCUGGGAUAUAUUUAGCUCUAAGCUAACCUGAAACAUGCAGUGUGAAAAGACUAUUAGUACGUCAACAUAUUAUCUAAAAGCUGUUUAGGUCAAGUAUCCGGUCAAAUGUUUCACCACACAACAGCUAUGCAGUAACACACCAGCAUCCUUUACUAGAUUUUGUCUCCUGUCUUUGGUGAGCCGUGUCUCCUUUUUCAAUCAAAAAUUUGGUCACUUACUUUCAAUCAACCCUGAGGCUAGAGUUAUGCAAGGCUAUUUUCCAUUUGGUCAUUUAGCAGACGGCAUACCACUUAGUUUGCUGAGAGCAUUGUGCAGUCUACACAAUCUGGUCACUUGAGAAUACUUUACCUUGUUCAGCUCGGGGAUUCGAUCUUGCAACCUUUCAGUUACUAGUCCAACGCUCUAACCACUAGGCUACCUGCCGCCCCAAAUGUUCUUUAAAUGUUCUUACCCCAGGCCAGAGACUUGGAUCGUUCAGCCAUACACUGCAGAAGUCAUGAUAACUCCUUGUUGACUUUUUUUAUCUGACUCUAGUUAUGAUUUAUGAGGGGGGUCCUGAUGAAUUUAUCACAAAAGGGCUCCCCUCCCCAGCCCCAAAAAGUUUGCAAAUCCCUGACUUAGACAAUACCACCUGUGUGAUAAAGUGCAUGUUAGAUUAAGGCUUGAAGCAGAACCAAAGAUUACGUCUAGUUUUAUAUGAAACUUGCCAUCACUGUCAUUGACAUUAGUAACAGACAUUUUGGCCUGGGUUGAUGUCCGUGCGUCCUGUUAGCCUUGUCAUUGAGAUCUACAUAGUAGUUCUGUGUUUGCACUUUAUGGAACAAGACACUGGUUAAUAUAGAGCUAUUUAAGAUAUUUUAUUAAAACCUAAACAAAGCCAUAGAAAGUGAAAUGUUUUGAAGUUUACUUUAUUUUUAUUUACGUUAUUUUACAACACCACAAGUGCAUAAAAUAUGAAUCUUUAUUACAAAAAUAAAAUACAUUUCCUGUAUAGAUAUUUUAACUUUCACUUGUUUUUCCUCUUAUUUUUUUGACUCCUGUAAUGACUCUUUACAGGAUUGGUUGAAUGUUUCACAUAUGCAAUAAGUCUUGUCUCUUGUAACCCUUGUUUUUCCCGUUCAUUUUUUGUGAAUAAAUAUAUUCUCCCAAACA